AUGGCCGGGUACGCCAUCGGCGCGCAAAUCGAAGCGCAAUCGGGGGCGACGCUGGCGAAUCAAGCGUCGACGGCGACGGGCGGCUUCGUCGCCGUGGCGCUGUGUUGUCUCAUCGCGUGGGCAUCCAUAUCGCCUUUCGAGUUUAAUCCGCAAGAGUACGGCGCCGACCCGAACGGGUUGAAGGAAAAGAAAGGGAUGAGCGGGUUCUUGGCGAUGGAGGCGUUGAAUUUAAACCCCGACGUCGAGCGCGCGCACGGGCGGUUAGCCAUGGUGGGCUUCGUCGGCACGGCUUUGGUCGAAGCCGCGCUCGGGCGAAGCGUGUUUUGA